UCAAAAAUGAGUAAUACAUCUAGUAUAGUUGUAUUUUCACUGUCAGGCUUCAAUGGAACAGUCAACUACAGAGUCACACUUUUCUUUCUCACUUUACUAUGUUAUGGUCUAAUUUUUGUGGUUAAUGUGUCUCUGAUUUUAAUUAUAAUCUUGGAUGAAAACUUACAUGAACCCAUGUAUAUUUGUUUGUGCAACUUGUGCAUCAAUGCACUUUAUGGGACUGCAGGCUUUUAUCCUAAAUUUGUUUCUGACCUUCUGUCUGAUAUUCAUGUAAUAUCAUAUGCAGGGUGUUUUUUACAGGUCUUUGUUAUAUACUCCUAUGUAAAAGUUGACUUCUCUGUUUUAGUUCUUAUGGCCUAUGACAGAUGUGUGGCCAUAUGUCGACCACUGGAGUAUCACUCUGUUAUGUCUGUGCGAAGGACUGCUGUGUUAGUUAGUUUGUCCUGGCUGGUACCUCUGUGCUGUGAGGUAAUGGUUGUAUCGUUGACAUCCAGACUAAAAUUAUGUGGCUCACGCAUACAGAAACUCUACUGUGAGAACUGGUCAAUUGUUAAACUUGCAUGUAGUUCAACAACAGCAAAUGACAUUCUUGGACUGUUUCUUAUUUCCUUCUAUAUCGGGCAUGUUCUCUUCACUGUGUGUUCAUAUGUGCAGCUGGUAAAAUCAGCUUUAAAAUCCAGAGAAGGCAGGAGAAAGUUUACACAGACAUGUGUGCCACAUUUAUUGUGUUUGCUUAAUGUUACAGCUGCUUUGCUUUUUGAUCUAAUGUACUCGAGGUAUGGAUCAGCAUCAGUACUACAGAGUCUAAAGAACUUCAUGGCCAUACAGUUUCUCAUCAUCCCCCCAAUUCUCAACCCUGUUAUUUAUGGACUGAUCCUGACUAAAAUUCGGAGUAGAAUGAUUUCUUUGUUCAUGAUGGCAGGUCAAAGGGUUAAACUGAGACUGAAGGUUUGA